UGAGGCCAGGAUCGACCCCACAUCCUCCUGGAUACUGUCGGAUUUUUUUUUCCGUUGGGCAACAAUGGGAAAUCCAGCAGCACAGUUCUUGGAAAAUCUCAGAUGGUCCAUUGAGGGUGAACGUGGAGAGACACUAGGCUGAAAUCUGCUGGCAUCGUGGGACCGCUUCAGGGCCGCGGAAAGAAGGCCAACUUGCUUCGUGUGUUGCGGGCAGGUCUGGGGCAGGUGGCAGCCCCUUGACCCACCAUCAUGGAUGGAGACGGACUUUUUGAUGAAGAAACCCGAAGCAGGCGAUGCCAGGCAGGGCGAUUUGGCUGUCAAAGGUUUUGACAAAACCUGCCCUGUUGCCUUUGGGGAAUCCGAAUGAGGGAGAGUACAGACACCUUCACUGGGAAGCCAAGGACAUUUCUGUAUAAUCAGUGGAUGAAAGGAUUUUCUCAGACUCUUUUUCUUCCCCUUUUCCUGGAGGAUUAAUCCACCGCAGUCUACAAUUCCAUUGGAAACGGCAAGGCACAGGAUGUGGCUGGAGCCUAGAGCGCCUUCCGAAUUGUUCUGGACCCUUCCUUUAGCCUAGGGGAGUUUAACACUUGCCACCCGCCGCCCCUCCCCCCACUCCCUCCCGCCGAGCUCUUUAACCCGUUCUUAUUUUCUGAGUGAAGUUCUGUUUCCAAAACUGUCCAUGGGAGCUAUAAGUGGAUUGUCAGAGACAAGAGAUUAAGUGCUGGGAGAAGACGAAGCGCCCUGUGUUGUCUCCUCUCGGCUGCCGACAUGAAGUGCUUCUUCUCAGUGCUGAGCUGUCUGGCUGUGCUGGGUGCAGUGGCAGCACAGCGGCAAGUGGCCGUCCAGGAAGGACCCUUGUACCGAACGGAGGGCUCCCACAUCACCAUCUGGUGCAAUGUGAGUGGCUACCAGGAGCCUCUGGAGCAGAAUUUCCAGUGGUCCAUUUACCUGCCCUCCGCCCCCGAGCGGGAGGUCCAGAUUGUCAGCACCAGGGACUCUUCCUUCCCUUACGCCAUCUACACCCAGCGGGUCCGCAGCGGGAAGAUCUACGUGGAGAGGGUCCAGGGGAACUUGGCCUUGCUGCACAUCACCGAUCUCCAGGCCCGGGAUGCCGGGGAGUACGAAUGCCACACGCCCAACACCGAGGAUCAGUACUUCGGGAGUUACAGCGCCAAGAUGAACCUCGUGGUGAUCCCCGACUCCCUGCAGACCACCGCCGUGCCCCAGACUCUGCACAAAGUGGAGCAGGACCCCCUGGAGCUCACCUGUGAGGUGGCCACGGAGACGCUGCAGCACAGCCACCUGUCCGUGGCCUGGCUGCGGCAGAGGGGCAGCGAGAAGCCUGUGGAGGUCAUUUCCCUGAGCCGGGACUUCGUGCUGCAGUCCAGCAGCGACUACGCGCAGAGGCAGAGCCUGGGGGAGGUGCGCCUGGACAAGCUGGGGAGCAGCACCUUCCGCCUCACCAUCUUCCACCUGCAGCCCUCCGACCAGGGCGAGUUCUACUGCGAGGCCGCCGAGUGGAUCCAGGACCCGGAUGGCUCGUGGUAUCCCAUGACCCGAAAGCGUUCUGAGGGGACUCUGGUCAACGUCCAGCCCACCGACAAAGAGUUCACCGUUCGACUAGAAACGGAUAAGCGGCUGUACACGGUGGGUGAGCCGGUGGAGUUCCGAUGCAUCCUGGAGGCACAGAACAUUCCCGACCGGUACUUUGCCGUCUCCUGGGCCUUCAACAGCUCUCUCAUUGCCAGCAUGGGGCCCAACGCCGUGCCCAUCCUCAACAGUGAGUUCAACCACCGGGAGGCCAGGGGCCAGCUCAAGGUGGCCAAGGAGAGCGACAGCGUCUUCGUGCUGAAGAUCUACCACCUCCGCCAGGAGGACAGCGGCAAGUACAACUGCCGGGUGACAGAGAGAGAGAAGACGGUCACCGGGGAAUUCAUCGACAAGGAGAGCAAGCGACCCAAGAACAUCCCCAUCAUCGUCCUCCCCAUCACAGAUAACUGGGUAGUUAAAGUCCCCCAGCACCACCAGAUCCUGCCCCAAGGCCACUUGGAGAGCAGCAUCUCGGUGGAGGUGGCCAGCAAUGCCAGCAUCGUCCUGGAGGGUGAGAAUCUGCACCUCUCCUGCAGCAUCCGCACGGCGGGCCGGCCGCUGGGCCGCUUCUCCGUCAUGUGGCAGCUGGUGGACAGGCAGAACCGCCGCAGCAACAUCAUGUGGCUGGAUCGGGACGGCACCUUGCAGCACGGCGCGUCCUACUGGGAGCGCAGCAGCUUUGGGGGCGUCCAGAUGGAGCAGGUGCAGCCCAACUCGUUCAGCCUGGGCAUCUUCAACAGCAGGAAGGAGGACGAGGGCCAGUACGAAUGCCACGUGACCGAGUGGGUGCGGGCCGUGGACGGCGAGUGGCAGGUGGUGGGGGAGCGCCGGGCCAGCACCCUCAUCUCCAUCACGGCUCUCGAGACAGGCUUUGCGGUCACUGCCAUCUCCCGCACACCCGGGGUGACCUAUAGCGACUCCUUCGACCUGCAGUGCAUCAUCAAACCCCACUACCCCUCCCGGGUGCCUGUGGCGGUCACGUGGCGCUUCCAACCGGUGGGCACUGUCGAGUUCCACGACCUGGUGACCUUCACCCGGGAUGGAGGGGUCCAGUGGGGGGACCGGUCCUCCAGCUUCCGGACCCGAACAGCCAUUGAGAAGGCCGAAUCCAGCAACAAUGUCCGCCUGAGCAUCAGCCGGGCCAGCGACACGGAGGCGGGCAAGUACCAGUGUGUGGCGGAGCUGUGGCGGAGGAACUACAACAACAGCUGGACGAGGCUGGCUGAGAGGACCUCCAACCUGCUGGAGAUCAGGGUGCUGCAGCCAGUGACAAAGUUGCAGGUGAGCAAAUCCAAGAGGACCCUCACCCUGGUAGAAAACAGGCCCAUCCAGCUGAACUGCUCUGUCAAGUCCCAGACCAGCCAGAACUCGCACUUCGCCGUGCUCUGGUACGUCCACAAGCCCUCGGACGCGGACGGCAAGCUCAUCCUCAAAACCACGCACAGCUCCGCCUUUGAGUACGGCACCUACGCCGAGGAGGAGGGCCUGCGAGCCAGGCUGCAGUUUGAGAGGCACGUGUCCGGGGGGCUGUUCAGCCUCACUGUCCAGAGAGCCGAGGUCAGCGACAGUGGCAGCUACUACUGCCACGUGGAGGAGUGGCUGCUGAGCCCCAACUACGCCUGGUACAAGCUGGCAGAGGAGGUUUCGGGGCGCACGGAAGUCACUGUGAAGCAGCCAGACAGUCGCCUGAAGCUCAGCCAAGCACAGGGGAACCUGUCGGUCCUGGAGACUCGGCAGGUGCAGCUGGAGUGCGUGGUCCUGAACCGCACGAGUGCGGCCUCGCAGCUGUUGGUGGAGUGGUUCGUGUGGAAGCCCAACCACCCGGAGCGGGAGACUGUGGCCCGCCUGAGCCGAGAUGCGACCUUCCACUACGGAGAGCAGGCGGCCAAGAACAACCUGAAGGGCCGGCUGCACUUGGAGAGCCCCUCCCCGGGCGUGUACCGGCUCUUCAUCCAGAACGUGGCGGUGCAGGACAGCGGGACCUACAGCUGCCGCGUGGAGGAGUGGCUGCCCAGCCGCGGCGCGUGGUACAAACGGGCCGAGGACACCGCCGGCCAGACGGCCGUCCGAGUCACGCGACCAGAUGCCGCCCUGCAGGUGGACACAGUGGUCCCCAAUGCCACGGUGUCCGAGAAGGCAGCCUUCCAGCUGGACUGUAGCAUCGUGUCUCGCUCCAGCCAGGAUUCCCGGUUCGCUGUGGCCUGGUACUCCCUGAGGACUAAAGCUGGAGGGAGAAGGAGCAGCCUUGCCCUGGAAGAUGGUGAGGAAGAGGAGGAGGAGGAGGAGGGAGAGGAGGAAGAGGACCCAACAGAGCGGACGGCCCUUCUGAGCGUGGGCCCAGAUGCCAUCUUCGGCCCGGAGGGCAGCCCCUGGGAGGGCAGGCUUCGCUUCCAGAGGCUCUCCCCGCUGCUCUACCGGCUCACAGUGCUGCAGGCAAGUCCCCAGGACACGGGCAACUACUCUUGCCGCGUGGAGGAGUGGCUGCCCAGCCCUCAGAAGGAGUGGUACCGGCUGACGGAGGAGGAAUCAGCCCCCAUCGGCAUCCGUGUUCUGGACACAAGCUCCACCCUGCAGUCCAUCAUCUGCUCCAACGACGCCCUCUUCUACUUCGUCUUCUUCUACCCCUUCCCCAUCUUUGGCAUCCUCAUCAUCACCAUCCUGCUGGUGCGCUUCAAGAGCCGGAACUCCAGCAAGAACUCCGAGGGGAAGAACGGGGUGCCCCUGCUGUGGAUCAAGGAGCCGCACCUCAACUACUCCCCCACUUGCCUGGAGCCCCCCGUGCUCAGUAUCCACCCGGGAGCCAUAGACUAACAAGGGCACCUAGCGGUCAUCAGCCACGGAGGAGCCAAGGCUCUCCCCGCUGCCUCCUGCUCUGCACCCAACCUCUGGGGCGCUCUCGGAGAACACGCUGGGACUUGAGACGUGUUCAGAGUCGCCGAUGGGUCAGAGGCCGACUGCCUGUAGGUGGCAGUCUUGGUUGCUUAGCUGUUUUCGAGCAGGCGGCACCAUCUUGCCGCGUUAGGUUUCCUGUUUUAGUUUUCGGUAAUGUGAGUAGCUUCCGGUGGCACGUCUACUCGCUGGUUUAUAUAGUAUUCUCAGAUAGAUGUUACAGGGGUUCUUAUUCUUUGUAAUAGACUCUUUUUCAAUGCCUUUGGUUUACCCUUUUUGGAUUCCAUAAGAGCGUGGCCGAAUUUCUCUUAAAUACAACUGAUGGCCAAGGGAAGGACGAACUUUGUGGCACGGAGGAAUCUCUGCCAAGAUUUUCUAGGUUUUGCACACUUGAAAAUGCCACCCAUGGAUCAAAAUAUACCCAAGCUUUUUUUUUUCUUUUUUUCUUUUUUUUUUUUCUUUUCCUUAACAAGACUUGAAAAUGAUGCAUACUGUGGGCCCAAUUUGUAUUUUAUCUUUUCCCUCAGCUGGAGUUGUUGGAACCACUUUGUAGUCAAGAUGAAAGCAUUGAAUUUUGCUUCAAAGAACUGUGUAUGUAGAAGAUAAAUCCUGCAUAACCCCAUUAGGAUUAGGUAGUCCCCAGCCCAGCCUAUCUGUUGGGGAGGCAAUAGGCUUCCUCCCCGACCUUGCCAAAAAAUAAUCAAACUUGGUUGGCGAACAAGUCAGAAGCUCCAAAGAGCACACAUUUUGGAAGCUAAAGUGGGCAGAGGGCUGCUUUUAGCAGCCAGGGACUUUCAGAUUGAUCAAAGUCCAUGGCAGUCGAUGAUUCGUGAGAGAAGGAAAUAAGGCUAGCUGUUGGCUUGCUCUUUUCUGCAAAGACAGUCUCUCACUGAGAGAUGCGGGCAGGUGGGCUUCUCUUUCCAGGCGCUUUGCCAAACUCUUAAGGGAAAGUGGCCAGUGAGCCUGGAAAUGGCCAGCCCUAAGCUGAACACACGGGGCCCUGGCAGCCACCGCAUGCACUGUCCCAGUGGAGGGCACCAGGGCCAGCUGACAACUACGGUUCCUGAAGACUGGAACGCUGCGUGGUGGGAGAGGGGGUCCAGAGCCAGGCAGUGGAGAACAGGGAAGGGUAACUGUUUCCCUGGAGGUCUGAAGAAGACGUUUUCCUUCUUCGUCUCAGUUAGGUUUUUCUCAAAGAGGCUGAUGUCUUUCCUCUUCGCCAUUUGCCCUACAUCUUACUGCCGUGAGGAUGCCUGCCCAGGGGAGGCCCAGACGCAGCCCUUCGCAAUCCGUUUGGAUUACCUCAUCUCAGCAGAAAGUGACCACAUGCCUUUGUGUGUGGCUUUUAUGCCCUUCCCUUUCUUAGAUCUUGUUUGUGGUUUUAGGUGAUAUGGCGGUUUAACUGCCCUUUAAAGGCCACUGAGGACCACUGACACCUGUUCCUUUACACUGUGGGGCGAGAUGCUUGGCUCCGAGCAUCAUCGGUCACGAGCGUUUCCUUCCUUUUGCUCACUCCGUGAAGAUGUUUUCAUGCCCUGGCUUUCCCAUGUUUUGCUGGUCAAAAGUGCCACCUCCCUUCCUUGUGAACUUGCAGCUUUAAUCUCAAGGGAAUCCCCACUUUGGAAAAAAGCCUCUGGAAAUUCCAGAACUAAGUCUAACCAGAGAGAUUGCCCUGAAACCCGGUUCUGAGGCUGAACAGACUGCAGGCCUCAUGGGUGCCGAUCCUUAUUGGGGUCUGCGGGCAUGCAGGGGCCUGGGGUGCUCAGCAGGUGCUUUGUGUGUCACAGCCAAGAGGAAGCAAGGCGAUGGCCCGGCCAUUUUCUGAGGAGCUUACAUAGCCUACCUUCUCUCCCUUCCACAUCCACCAGUCCUGUCCUGUGAGAUGUGUAGGCACCGCCACCUCAGUCCCACCGAAGCCUCCUGUGCUCAUGCCCAUUUCCUACGUGCGUCAAUGGCGCAGACGAACAGAGCAGGCGCAGUGGGGAGGGAAGAAGGUGCUCUUUGGCCCCAUGUCUUCAUUUGAAGGGUGUGGGCUUUCAGGGGGACAUUGCUGGCCCCUAAUCGAUAGACGGAGUCCAUUCGGGAAAAUGAUGCGCGUUCACCGUGUCUGAAUGCAAGGGUGCGGAGGGCUGGCUGGCCCUGGGACGCGUAGCGGAUUUGAAUUUGGAUUGGCUCACAGCGGUAGAAAAGCAGGUUGCUGCACCUAAGUGAAGCGGUUCCAAGAGAUUUAAAAGGGAAAAAAAAAAAGAAACUGAAGCCAGUAUUUUCAUAAUUUGUGUGUGCGUAUGUGCAUUUUCUCUUGGGCCGGGGGAUGCCAUCAAAGGUGAGCGUUUCUGCUUCCUCUGAAAACCCCCGGGACCUUCUUUGUUCGGCCAUUUGUGUGGAAAUGUGGCGGCCGCUGAGUGGUAAUGGCGGCCUCCAGUGGCUGGGAGACCUCAUUGCAAGUUGCCGACCGGCGCUUUAGUCCUCGGAAACCCAGAGAGGAAAACGGCCGCCUGCUCUCUUGACUUAGCUAUGUCUACGAUGUUGCAUUAAUGAAAAACAACACUGUGCGAGGCCCGUUCCCGGACAUGGAUGUGACCACACCCGCUUUCCCCAGGGUGUUUCUGUAGCAAGUUUUCAUAUUCUUUUCAAACAAUGGUUUCUCUGCGUUAAUUGUUGAAGAAGAAAAAAAAAAAAAAAAAAAAAAAAAGAUGGGGGUAAGCAAAGUACCCAUGCAUGAUGUAGAGAGCUGUUGACUUGUUUUUGUUUGUUGUUGGUUUUUUUUUUUAAGGAAAACUAUUUGUAAGACGUUGCACUAAAAUGUUUUAUAUACACUAAAGAGACCUGUAGUAAAUUAUGUUGAAAAUAA